AUGACCAUAAAGUAUUGGAAGAAAGCAAACAGACCUGGCAGCCAUGUUCUGCUAAUAAAAUUAAUUGUUCUAAUUAGCUGCUUUUGGAAUGUGGCUGCUGUUUGCCAGUCAAGCCAGGGUGUAGACGAGUCACUCUAUGUCAUGUCGGAAGCUCCUGCAGCCAGUUUAUGUUCUUCUGCUGCUGCUUGUGAGUCAGGGACAUGUUCUUGUGGGGAGUCUCGGGGAAGUUCCCAAGAAUCUUUCUCAGACGCUGAGCCAGGAGUUUGGUCAGGACAGAAUAUCAGAAAUCCCCUAGCCCGGGCUGUUUAUUUCAAACUCAAGGAGGAUGAACGCAACAAGGAUGACAGACAUGUCUACUGGUACCGAGUGAUUGUCAGCCGUUUUCCAGAGGAGCUGCAGGCCAGAUUUAUCCAGUUUGACCAGGAUGAAGGCACCAGCUUGUUUCUGGAGAACUGUCUGGACAAGUCCAACCAGAUCUUCACCCAGUUGUUCUACUCAUUAGCUAGACCGGUGCUGAACAUGUUUAUGACCCAGACGUCAGUCAAUGGCUUCCUGAACAGGGGAUCAAUGUUCAUCUUCUCCAGGGCGCAGUUUGAACAGCUUCUUGGGUUUACACCUUACCAGAAGUCAGAUUCAUUACUGGAUCUAGGUAAUGUAAAAAUGACCUCAACGGGGACGACUGAGCAGUCAUCUUUGUACUCACAGUCGUCUUUGUACCCACAGUCAUCUUUGUACUCACAGUCAUCUUUGUACUCACAAGUUCUUGAUGUCAACGAAUGGCAAUCUACAGGUGUCAAAUAUGACCUAGUUUCCUGCCUGAACCUGCUGGACAGGUGCGACAAGCCCUUGUCCCUUCUGGCGGACAUCAAAGCCAGCCUGCAGCCUGUCACCGGCAGGCUUCUGGUUGCUGUAGUGAUCCCAUUCAAGCCGUAUGUAGAAUUCGAGUCCAAAACCCACCAGCCUAGUGAGUUUCUCCAUGUUAAAGGGUCCAAUUUCGAAGAGCAGGUAGAACAUUUUGUCUCCAUUUUUCAUCAGUCUGGAUUUGAGGUGGAAAAGUUCAGCCGUCUGCCGUACUUUGUGUGA